AUGGAUACUAUUCCAAGAAACUUGAAUCGUGCCAUUACAAGCAAUCUGUUUGAUGCCAAGAUUGAUGAGGAAAUACAAUAUUUACCAAACAUCGAUUACGAAUGGGAAGAUAUGAUGAUUGGAGGUCCUCUUAGUAUCAAUUACAUGGGCUCUGUGAUGGCUAUUGCAAGCAAAAAAGACUUUCCAUUCGUAGCUGGUUUCAACCACACCUACAUGAAAUAUCCAACCUCAUUUCGCGCUACCCUCGUGCAAGUGAUGAAUGGCAUGCACAAAGCAUUACUUGGAGCUCACACGGGUAUGGAUCGAAUUCAAGCAAACAUGCGACAAAUUCCAAAAUCAUUGAGAACGGUCCUCAUACUUAUAACGCAAGCUAAACCAUCUAUGAUUAAGUCAAUGUUACCUACACAUUUGUUGAAUAUCGGUCAUUAUGCCAAUGACAGUGCUUCAAUUGCUCGAGCUACAUUAAGCCGAUUCGAAGAUCUUCAGGAUCUUCUUAGAGAAAUUUUUGAAUUCACCACAUUGACAGAUCAAAAAAAUAGGGAAGUAGCGGAACAACUACAAGCUGAAACUGAAGAAAUAAUGCGAAACCAAACGCAGAUUGAUGAGGUCAUGAGUAAUCUGGCAGCAGAAUAUAAAAGUGCUCGACAAAGAUUAGAGAAAGCGCAACAAGAUUAUCAUAGAGCCAUGAUGAAUGUUCCAGGUGGCCAAUGGAAUGAUUACGCUUGGCAAGUCUAUGCCGCGAACCGCCCUGCAAAGUCAUGUAGUGGUUGGUGGAUUUUUAGUCGAUGUAGUUCGCUUCGUGAACAACAAUUUCACGAAUAUACUCAGGAAGCGAAGAGGAAAGCUGAAGAAACUCUGCAAAUCCUUAAAGAAGCAGAGGACUAUAGCAAAGAACUUUUUAAUAAGCAAUUGAGUCGACAAAACGAAAUGGCCAUAGCCAUCAAUCAUUUGGCAACAUUAAACUUAGCAGAAAUGUCAAAUAACGAAAUAAUCAAGAUUCUUAUCGAUGCAGCUCAACAAAUUGCCAAAGUGCAAGAACAAUGGAGUCGUAUCACUCGAUUCUUCAGUAAACUUGCCAUGGAAACAGAAAAUACGCAGAAUGUAAUCCUGGAAAAUUUCCUUGGUAUCAUCGCCGAUUCGGAGAUGACUGGCAAACCACUUGAGCCAACAGAUAAGAUGCUUUAUGUUACAUUAUUGAUGGAAUCAGCAACAGAUAUCGAUCGAGACUCUCAUCUACUGUUUCUUCUGGCUAAGACUUAUACAGAUGUGUCUAAUGAGUACAUGAUUGAUCAAGUCGCUGGAUUUAUUGGUUUUGUCUUUUUGCAAACAGAUGCCGAACGAGACAACCACUUGAAAGAAAUGAUCAACAAGACGGUAUCAACAUCGAAUCGAAUCAAGGAGCUUGCAACUGAACGACAGACAAAAUAUUCAUUGACAAGUUUAGCUCGCCAACAACAAUACACAGAAUUUGUCAAAGAAGUAGAUCUACACGAAGCAAUUGAUAUUCUUAGUGGCAUUGGAGUUGGUAAACGUCGAUAA